GUCCUUUCCUUGGGUUUAAUUCGUUGAUUGGAUUGCAUUUGGUGUUGUUUCGUGUUUGUGAGGGUUUGCUGUGUCACCGUGUACUAGAUUUGCCUACGUUUAGUGGAUGACAGUGAUACGUGUUUGGGUUUUAUCGGCCGUUGAGAUGUUGAACCACUUGUAGCACAAUGCCGUGUAGGAAGAGUGUAUUGUCUUUAGGGAACCUCUGUGUUCUGAGCAUAACCCAGCUGCUGGUAGACGUCAUUCAUCUGAGCAGUGAAGAGGGACAAGACAAAGCAAAGUGCACUGACCAGCAAGAGAAAUCAACAGGUGUGAGUGACCAGUCCUCAGAUGCCAGUCAGAAGCAGGAUGAAGCAACAGGUGCAGCUCAGCAGAAUGACACCUCAACAAGUGCAACUGUGGAGGAACAGGUGGAGCUCCAGAAUGCCACGGAAGAGAAAGCACGUGCGGAAGGGACAGCUGAGGAGCCAGAGCAGCCAGCUAUGUGUAAUCACGAGGCUUCAGUAAAUCAGAUGCGGGAAGCGGAGGAGAAGAGCAGUGACGAGAAAGAGAAGGCGGAGAAGAAAGAUGAAAAGGUAGAGAAGGGCAGUACGGAGAGUGAUAACAGGAGAGAGAAGGAAAAUGGUAGCCAUAGUGGUGGUUCCCCGGAGGAUAUGAGGGAAAGAUUAGAGACGCUAAGACAGGAGUUGGGCGUGCAGCUGACAUCCCACUCUCACGUCAUGCUGCACGAACUCCUCUUCUCGAACAUCAUAACACGCCUAGACCUGCUGUACAUGCGGCAGAAGAAGAUACGGAAGGCAGUGCAAGACAUCCUACCUCACUUUCUCAACUCAUCCUUGAGGGAACUUGACUUCGGCAGAACAAAGAUGUUCUCAGAGCAGGAGAUGUGCAAGAUUCUUUUUGAUAACCUACACAAGGCUGUAAACCUCAGGAAGUUAAUGAUUGGACGAUCUUGUUAUUGGCGGUCAAAGAUAUUUGAAAACCUGUGCACAAAACUCACACACCUGCCUCACUUGACAGAGUUAGGGAUUCAGUAUAUUUGCACCCCAGAAAUGAUCAGUGGCCUCUCAGAAUCAUGUCCUCAGCUGUGUGAACUAAAUUUAAAGGGUUCAGAAAAGAUAACAGACCAGCAGUGUGAGGAAAUAGCCAAGUGCGCAAGCCUCAAGAUGCUCGACAUCUCCGGGACACGGAUCACAGGGAAAGGUUGCUGGAAAAUUGUGGAUUCCAUAAGGAAUCUCUCGUGGCUGCAUCACUGUGCCUUCAACUGUAACUCCGACUCACUCCUGUUUGAAUCUAGAGCCGAUCUCUUUGACCGUAUCAAGGAGCAGCUGAUCCACGGCGACGCAACCACACUCGUACGGCCAGACCUGAGCACGAGGGAUGAAAGAUUCAACCUCAAGAACUUCUGGCUCUUUAACCCCCAGACGGAAGACCUGCUCUCCUCGGUUCUUUUCCCACACCUGGAACACAUACGGCUGGAUUUCGUAUUUCAGGACAUGACGGAGGAGCCUGAUGUUUCCAUGCUCACCGCUCAGCCGAAGCUGAAAAAACUGCAAGCCAACUUGUAUGACCGCUGUUCAGUGGACUUGGUGAGACGCAUGGUGGAAGCCUGUGGAAGUCAGCUCACUGUGCUAGAUCUUCACUUGGCUGACGACUGGUUCUUUGUUGCCGAGGCACACAAUGUUGUAGCCAGCUGCUGCCCGAAUCUUGUAAAUCUGACGUUUUCUGGUGACUAUAAGGCCAGGUACAGUCUAGAGGACAGCGAUGAGCGGUUAGACAUGGGCAUUCCAGCUCCAGCCCAUCUGCACCUAGAGCACCUCAACCUGACGGGUGUGAUUAGUAACCGCCGCCUGAGAUUUGUGCUGAGCCACACCCCAGCCCUCCGCACCCUGCACCUAGAUGGGGAGCUAGAGUGGCUGCAUGAUGCGACCUUCACCUCCAUUCUGGAGACCAACCCACUGCCAGAUCUUGAGGAAGUCUGGUUCAACGUCUCAACCACUGUCACAUUAGACACUGUGAGGUUGUUACUAAUGCAAGAGAACUCGGUACGAUGCAUUGGACGCUUAUGUCACAUGGGGGCUGCUACCAUGGAGGAGUACCAAGAACUGCUCAGCCUUGUACGAGAGCAUAAUCUAGACACAAAGUUAAUCUGGGUAACAGAUGAGCGGGUAAAGUAGAUGUUUUAAACAGGGAUAAAGGACUUUGUGAGCUAAUUUGAAGACCUCAAGUGAACCUUAUCUUUAUGUAUGGGUAAGCAUAAUAUAUGUUUGUAUAUAUGUAUAUGCUUUGUAUUGAUAUCAAAACAAUGAAAAGUGAGUAGAUGACUUGAAUGAAUGGACUUUCAGGUCAUUAUUAUUUAUGCAAUUUUAUUUUUGUAAAGGCACCUUCCUUUCCCUUCUACAUUUUCUGAAUUAACAAUAUGUGUAUCCAUGAACAUGUCUGUUAUAUUUGCAUGAACUUCCUCAUGCAUCAAAAGAUCAGAUUGCUGUUGUAUCUGAGGUCUGAAGAUCAUUCUGACAUUAUAAUAAUGUUACUGAAUAUUACAAGAUGAAAUAUUUUGCAUUGAGCUGCAUGCAUGUACGCUGUGCAAAAGAAGUUAGGAAUUUCUGAAGGAACUUAAGAAAAUAGUCAUCGGAUAUUUUUUUGAAAACCUUUCAAAAAAGUUUGUACCUGUAUUAGAAACAAAAAGAUGUUCAAAUUUUCUUUCUUAUGGUCCUAAGAAGGAACUUUAGUUUAUGUUGUUUUCUUUCAUAACAUUUUUCCAUUUUAAUGUAUUCUACCUAUUUAUUUAUUUAUAAAUUCAUUUCUUUUGUAUUGAAACUAAUGAUUGUUGGACAGUUAGACAGAUGUUUGUGGUACUACCUUUUGAAAAAUCAUUGUUCGUUGCUGGGCUUUGUUUAUCCUUUCCCAGAUGUUAGGUUAGUUGUCUAUUUGUCAUUUGGCUGUUUGUACUAAUAAAAGUCCCAGAAAGUUGGCUGACAAUAAUUUCGUAAGUGUCUUACUCCAAAUUGAGGCUGUGAGAUAACAACAGAUCCACGGAUUUUUAUGCUGUUUUAAUUGCUCUUAACAGGAUUUUCAUAUUUUUGAACAUAAGUGUUUUUUUAUAUAUAUAUAUAUAUAUAUAUAUAUAUAUAUAUAUAUAUAUAUAUAUAUAAUUUAACACUGGAUUGGAUUGGAUUCUUGCGCUGAGAAGAUAGUAACUGCUGUGGAAUACCAGAUAAUAGUAAUUAGAUGUUCUGCUAUAUUACACUGUAUUAGAUCUAAUUACUUUCAUUUUGCCAUUCAUGCUCGUAUUGAACAAACAGGGAAAUUUUCAAAUACAGUAUUAUAUUCACACGAUUAUGGAGUGCAUUUCGUGUCUGCAUAUAAAGAGAUACCUAUUCAAAAUGAGGAAUAAUUAUCAAAACAAGUGAAAGUUAAACUCUCUUAGGGCUGCUGUGGUCUCCCUCUGACCAUUACAUUCUGCAACACGACAUUAACAUGCCACUUGAAUUAACUUAAUGCUCGAGUUUAAAUCAAGUAUUAUCUUCUGUAGUUUGGGUAGUUGUACAUAGCCUGGUUUAUAAUGAACGAAAGCAUGUGUGAUUGCAGAAGGAAACUUAUUCUGCUGUUUAUGUAAUACUGAUUAAAGUGUAUAGGAACAUGAAGUGGUAAAAAAAAAAAUAUUGGUUUAGGUGCUGAAAAAUGAAGUUGUUUGCAUUCUCCAUAAAAAAGUGCUUUAAACCCAAUGUUGUCUUGUACUUUCACCGCCCACUAUGAUUUUGUUUUAUUACUUUUGUUUACACAUUAAUGGCAUCACAAGUUCUUAAUCCCCAAGUUAAUUACUAGGCCCAUCUGAUAUUACCUGCUUACCCAUUUCUGUGAAUUUUGGUGAAGAAGUAUAUAUCAGUUAUUCUUUUUGAUGUUGUUAUUAUUAUUAUUAUUAUUAUUAUUAUUAUUAUUAUCAUUAUCAUCAUCAUUAUAUCAUUAUCAUUAUCAUCAUUAUUAGGAUAUAAUAUUAACAAUGAUAGUAAUGAAAACGAGAGGGUAAGUAGAUGAGGUUAGAUUGGCCUAGAUAUUGAAGCAUUGGUAACUGAGUGAUUCUGGAGUCAUAUGUAUGUAAAUAAAAUCAAUAAAUAGUGGACAGGUAUGGUUACACUCCUUGUAUCAGUGGGUUAGUACGAUAAUAGGUUGUUAUUGUAUAUGGUUCAGUUCUUCUUUGUUAUUAUUAUAAUUAUUAUCAUUAC